GUGUAAGCUUAAAAUGGAGUUACGAAAACUUGAUUCCGACAUAAUUACGAAAAUAAGGAGCUCUUCUUCGAUAAAUACGGUUUGCCAAAGUGUACUAGAGUUGGUAUUAAAUAGUUUAGAUGCAAAAGCAAAAUCAAUAGCCGUAAGACUUAAUUUGAUUACCCUACGAAUUCAGGUUGUAGAUAAUGGAGAAGGUAUCUCGAAAGCAAAUAUGGAUCUUAUUGGACGUAGAUAUUUCACGAAUAAAUGCAAUAACUUACAAGAUUUGGAAAUAAAUAUAAAACAUUACGGAUUUCGCGGAGAAGCUUUAGCUAAUAUUUUGGAACUUUCAAGAGCUGUUACUGUUAUUUCUAAAUGCGAGCCAUCUUCUCUUACAUAUAUGAAGACUUUGGUUAAAGAUUCUGACAAUGUAAUAACGAUCAAGCAACGACCAAGUGUAGGCACUACGGUAACGGUGGAAGAAUUCUUUUAUAACUGUCCUGUAAGAAAAAAACGAAUUGUUAAUGAAUUAGAGUUGGAAGAUAUCGUAAAAAACAUUACCUCCCUUAUUAUUAUACAUCCAGAAGUGAAUUUUUCCAUUAGGAAUGAUAUAACUGGAGAGUUAAUAUUAAGCAGUACUAAAAGAACUGAUAUAGCCUCCUCGUUCAAAUAUGUACACCCUGAUGUUAAAGAAGAUGCUACUAUUUUCAAGGUAAAUAAAGGUAAAAUAGCUAUGUUUUCUUUGUUGUUUAGAGGUUAUUACGAAAAUAGACGAAUACAAUAUGUCUACGUAAAUAAAAGACCUAUUUUUUCAUUAAAAAUUCGUAAAUGCAUUGAGAAAUUAUUCUAUAUCAAUGAAAAAAGAAAUAAUUCAAAGCUUUACCCAAUAUUCUUGCUGAACAUAAAAUGCCCAUAUACUGAAGUAGAUAUACUAUUAAACUCUACGAAGACAAUGGUUGAAUUUAAAAACUGGGACUUGGUUGAAAAAUGCGUUAAAAAAUUAAUUAUUUCAUUUCUGGGCAAUAGUCAAUGUUUAAAACCACUGAAAACUAUACCUGAAGUGCAAAAUAAAGAAUAUUUAAAUUGCGGAAUAUCGCAAAUACGUGGAGCAGUAAAAGCCGUUGGCUACAAAAGAAAAAAAUCCGAUACACAUAUAGAUUUUAUAGAGAAACUGAAACAAUCUGAUACUCCUUUUGAAAUUACCGGCUUGGACACAAACGAAAACUCAUCAGAAGACAUAUAUGACAUAAUCGAAGCCACUCCCACUCUUAACAAGAAAAAAUCGGCCAGUUUUAAACAACCUUUACCAAUUAAUGUAAUUCCAAAACGAAAUUUAUUAAUACCGAAAGAGUUACCUGUUGAACAAGACAUAGAAUGUGAUCAAUCUCUUUCCAAAUUUACGAACGAUGAAAGCAAAGGUAAAUGUUUGAUAAUGGAUAUGUUUCUAAAAUCAACACAAGUAUACAAAAGCGAUGAAAACGUUCUGGAAUCGAGCCAAGAUAGCCAGGAAACCAUAUUUGAAGAAGAGUCAAAUUUUAUUGUCGAAAAUAACAUUAAAACCACAUGUGAUGGUGUAAGUAAAGCCAUGUCUAUGUCUCUGAAUGUUAAGAGCACCAAAAAGAUCAGAAAGCAUAAAAAAGCCAUAAGUACUAAAGGAAUUCAGACUACCUUCAGAGAAGAAAUGAAUUCUAAAGCUUUACAGACUACCUUUAGGUUCCAAAAGGAGAUUGACGAGGAAAAGGGGAUACAAUUCCAGAUAAUUAUACUUUAGUUUUGUCACGGGAAGGAAAAUCUCCACAUUUUGAAUUUGUGAAUCGGAAGCCAGACCAGUCUAAAAUGUUUCAGUUUCAUUUUGAUAAAAAGUGCAACUGUGAUUGCCAUGAAAAUAAUAAAGCUAUGCUUAAUUUGGAACAAUCUUCGGAUCCGAAAUUUCGAAUUUCAAAAGAAACAACGCAACUUUUUGGGAACCUUUUUUGUUUGAAACGCGAGGACUUAAAUAACUUUCAAAACAAAUUUAAGAAUGUAGUAGAUGAGAUAUGAUUAAUAAGGAUAAAUCUAUUAAGGAAUUAUCGAUUUCUAAUUGGAAAAUUAAUAAAAAAGCAUUAACAAAUCAUAUGCCCGAAAUGUAUGAUGAAAGCCCAUAUUUCUCCAAACGUCAAUCAGAAAAUUAUAUUCUAAAUAACAAAAAAUUGCCAAAUGUAUGUAAUAAUUUUAUUAAGCCUACUAAUUUGGAUAGAUUUUAUAAUAAUUGUCCACCAAAGUACAAUAUACUAAAUAAUAUACACCCGCAAUCCGAAUAUUAUCCCGUAAAACCAAUGCUUUUACAAGAUAAUCAUUUCUACAAAUGGAAUAACGAAAAUAUUGGCUCAAGUGAUUGGUUGAAAAAACCUGAGCGAAAUAAUUAUAAUGUCGAACAUAAUCAGCAGCAACUAAGACAAUAUCAACGAAAUUUUUCUUCGCCUAACGAAAACGAUGAUAAACCUGAUAAUUUCACCAUUCAUUCGUUUUUUAAAUUUAAACCAAAUUUUGUAAGCACGCAGAAAAAUUACGAACCAAUAAAAUUUGAAUUCCAAAAUAAAAUUAUUAAGCAAAACGAAACUAGGCCGAAUGGACCCAAUGUUGAUAUUUCGAUACAACCGCAGUAUUUGCGUUCAGGAAAUUGUGAGGGCAAUCCUGACGAAAUUUUAUCUGUACAAACGUUUAAUUCACAUCAAAUAAAGGAAUGGACUGAUCAUCACGUAACGGUUAAACAAAAAUCUGAAGGAUUGGUUGAUAAUUUAAAUAACAACCAGUCUCAAUUGGUGGUAACUUUGUCUGAAAAGGAAAAGCUGAAUCUAUUAGAAAAAGAAUUAGGAGCCGAGAAAAGUAUUUUAAUGAAGCAAUUCCUGGAAUGGAAUAGUCAGUUUACCCAUGAUGGAGACGAAAAAUGUGAAAAUUUGUUAGAUUGGACCAAAAAGUUGCAUUUGGGAAAACGAUGUUAUAUCAAUAAAAAAACAGGUUACGCAACAUACGCUACUCCCAAAAACAACAAUUUAUUCGUUAUCAGCGAACGAAAUGAAUUUCUACCAAAGGGAAUGUCUCCUAUUAUUAAAAAUAUUAACCCUGUUAAUAAAUCUUUAAGUCAAAAUGGGAAAGAUACUUUACUGGAGUAUAUAAUGGACACAUAUAAAACAGAACUGGAGUAUGUUAAGUGGCAGCAUUAUAUGAAGGAUAUGGAUCCUAAAACGUUUUUCAAAAAUAUUUACAAAGCCAAAUUGAUCAUGUACGAAAACUCUGUGCCAAAUAUCAAUAUAGCCAAUCAAAAAAACAGAAAGCACGAAACCGAGGGCAUAAAAUUAAAUAAGGAUAUAUUCAAUCAUCUAGAAAUAAUAGGCCAAAUGGACAAAAAGUUUAUAAUUGCAAAAGAAAUAAAUGGGAAUAAUCUUUUUGUUUUCGACCAGCACGCUGUGCAUGAAAGAAUACGACUAGAACAUUUGUCUAAAAUUUAUAAGAAUGCUAAGGUAUCAUGUGAAGAAGAAACAGAAAUAUUAUUAUCUCAGCACGAAUUGUCUUUACUUAAGAGAUGCGAAUCAUAUUUAGAUUAUGUUGGGAUCAGUCUGGAAUUUUUUUCAAACGGUGUUUGUGUCAAAGAAGUUCCGCUUUGCUUAUAUUAUAAAUUUAAAGGACAGGAAUCUACUGAGUCAAUUAAAAAAAUCAUUCAGACAUUAAUACAUGAAGUAAUUGAACUGUUACGAUCCACUAGAGGAGCUAAUUUAAAAACUUUACCACGAGUACUCCAAAAUGUCAUCAGUUUAGAAGCUUGCAGAGGUGCUAUAAAAUUUGGCGACGAAUUAAAUAAUCAUCAAUGCAUAGAGCUUCUUCAAAAAUUGUCAACUACCGAUCUGCCUUUCCAGUGUGCUCAUGGAAGACCAACAGUGACACCUUUGAUGAGAUUGAAUUUAAAAUCAAAUAACAUAAUGAAACGUCCAAUCAACUUUCAAAGAUUACGUCUUCAAUAAACAGUUUUACUUCGAAUUACGUAGAAAAAAUAUUAAUUUUUGGAACUUGUUGAGUUUAUUAAGAUACUUUAAAAAGUAAAAUUAUAUUAUAAAGAAAAAUGAAAAACAUUUUUAUUUCAGUUGUCAUUAAACUGAUUCUUUAUU